AUGCGCACCCUGACACUGGAGAUCGAAUACCGAAACGUCGAGCCACUUGUCGGACUCUACGCUGAGAUGGUCGUCGAGGAAUGGUUGCGUGGCGAGCGUGAAAUUCAUCACGUCGAAGCGGGGCGCUUCUGCUAUCCAGUCGAGGCCCCCAUGCCGGCAUAUUUUGACCAGUACCCGUGCAUGACGAUGGAGGAAGAUAGCUCCACCUAUUUUCGCAUCGUGCGCGCCGACGGUGCGGUGCUGAUUGCCAGAUUGUCCGAUACCAUGCGUUACGUGGCGAUUAGUGACGUUGAACACAUCCAAUUCGACGAUGCCGAUGCGGUAUUUAACGAGGAUAUUAUUGAAUUCGCCAAUGGUAACGAGGAUUUUUACGAUGUCUAUGGCGAAGGUGAUGAUCAUGAUGAGGAUGACGACGCUGAUGAAGAAGAAGAUGAUGAUGUUGACGAUGGGGAUAAAGGUAGUAAUGAUGAUGAUGAUACUGAUGCUGUUGCUGAUGGUGACGAUAAA